AUGUGCGCCGUCACCGCUCCCGGUGGCUCGCUGUGCGUUCAUGCUGAGAGCAGGCCGUUGGCAGACGCGAAGUACCGCCCACCAGGCGCAAGCGGGGGAGACGUCGCCGGCGUGGGCCACGCCACGUCUGGCUCGCUGACGGACAAGCUGACGCGGGAGAUGCGGAUGACGGCGGACGAGGCGCGGCUGAUCUUGAACGUGAAGAAGGAGGACUCGGCGGAGAAGGUACUGCAGAGCUACGAACACCUGUUCAAGGCGAAUUCUCCCCCGGCGCCGAAAGAGAAGCCCGCGUCAGCGCGGCAAGCUGCCCCUGCCCACUCACACUACCUCCAGUCGAAGGUGGUGCGCGCCAAGGAGCGGUUGGACGCAGAACUCAAGGCGGAUCUCGAAGCAGAAAACCCGGCCCCUCCUCCAGAACCCGAAGCGUCAAAUCAGCCCCCACCACCCUCAUAG